CUGUAGUGUCUGGUUGCUGCUGAUCUGGCGAGGGGACCAUGGCUUCAUCUGCCAGCGGGAUGGAAGAGGUCCGCUCUUCGGUUCUUACCCCUCUGAAGCUGGUGGGACUUGUGUGCAUCUUCCUGGCUCUGUGUCUGGACAUCGGAGCCGUUCUGAGCCCAGCCUGGGUGACGGCGGACAACCAGUAUUACCUUUCCCUAUGGGAGUCCUGUAGGAAACCUGCCAACCACUGGAUCUGCGAGUCCACCCUGCAGAGCGAUUGGCAGAUUGCCACCCUCGCUUUACUAUUGGGAGGUGCUGCAAUCAUCCUCAUUGCAUUCCUUGUUGGCCUGGUCUCCAUCUGCGUGGGAUCUCGCAGACGGUUCUACAGACCAGUGGCAGUCAUGCUGUUUGCUGCAGUUGUUCUCCAGGUGUGUGGCCUUGUCUUGUAUCCAAUCAAGUUCAUCGAAACAGUCACUUUGAAGAUAUACCACGAAUUCAACUGGGGCUAUGGCUUGGCUUGGGGUGCAACUAUAUUUUCCUUUGGGGGUGCCAUACUUUACUGUCUGAACCCCAAGAAUUACGAGGACUACUACUAGAUGUGUGCUGUGAAGAUGAAAAAGCAAAAAUAACAUUACUCAACUUUUUUCUAUCUCUGUUUUAUAGAAAACAAAGAGAGCAUCAAACAAUCUGCUCACUUCAUUUAAUCCCUUCUUGCCUUCUGGCUGCCAAUAGUAUAAACAGCUUUACAUCCACAUACAGAAA